AUGCCGACUUCACCAUCCUCUCUCAAAUCAACUGCUCGAGGAUUCGAGAUCCUCUUGAUGCCCUACGAUGUCAUGAAAUACAUGGCUAGUGUUCAAACAUUGGCUUUGGGAGAUAUCUCUACGGACUAUGGUGAUGGUUCUAUCUUUCUAACGAUUGAAAUCGCUGAAGCAGAGGCAGUCGCCCAAGGAAAAGAAAUGUCUAGCCUUUGCAUUACGUUCCCUUCCGGCAAUUUCUGCAUCGGCCGUUUGAAAUACACAGAGUUUCACAAGUGUGUGGUCUACUAUAGACGUGGAGAUGGAGAGGAGAAUGCGUCAGUUUGGUUGCUCUCCGCCUCUUUGCCACAGCUGGAGCUAAAGUCUAAGGCCCCAAACUCUUCCUGGAAGAUUAUUCAAGCUUACCCAGGUGCUGAUACUCCUGAAAGGCGCGAUGCUCUUUACAUGCGAUGUCCAAAGGGCCGUCAAAUCAGCGCAGAGUUCUUUAACUACUGUGAGCUUGGGAAUCUCCAAUGUGGGAAUUUGGAUAUUCAGAUCUGUGAUACAUUUGAUCCUCAAGGACAUUUGAGGCGAGGUGUCCUUGCAAAUGAUUUCCUAAUAAGAAUUGAUUCCGAGACGUUGCUUAAGAUCCUAAGGGAUCCGAAGAGCAAGUUGAAGAAGAAGAGGAAUGAUAGUCCUCCACCAGAGUUAAUGGCAUAUAUUAACUCUCCAGAGCAAUCUGGGAUUCCUGAUCAAUCUGUUCCACCGGAUUCACACGAAGGAAAGCUUACAACAGCAACUAGCCCUCAAGACAAGAGUCCUGAUGCUAAAUUAUUGAUACCUGCUAUCGUCGUUUCGGAAGCCGAGUCAGGUCCCAAAGCGACAGCUUCUGAAGGCCACAUACUUGAUGACCCCUGUCCAGGACCUGCUGGUUGUCAAAUCUUGGUAUCGCUGUCUACUUCUUCCGCUUCUAAGUUCAAGACUACCGGAUCUCAAAACUUGAUUGAUUUUGGAGACGAUUUUGUUGGGUUGGGAAAUUUCGAACAAAAAUCUUGGGUUGAGAUUCUUGCAGAGGAGUUGCGUUUGGACGAUGUCACCGAGACGAACCCGACUGUUAAAUCGAACUGUUGGUUGGAUCUCCUCAAGGAGGAGUUCCAUGAGGUAUACAACUGA